AUGCUUACGCCAAGGAGCUUCAUCUUAUUGGCAGCCGCGGAUGACGAGGUUGUCCUCCAGGCGCCGUGGUAUUUCGACUGCUCCAACCAUCCAGAAUGGAGCAGAUUCCGGGAGCGCUUUGCCGCAUUCCGCAAGCUGUUCGCAUCGGCGAAGGACAAUCAGCAGGAAGUAAUCCUGCACAUGCAGGAGAUUCUCGCGGAAGCCAACGACUUGGGGCGGCGCUACGAGCCCACCUUUGUGAAGUAUGCCAGCGACUGGUCUGUGUUCCACCUUUGCAGUCCAGAACGCCUAGGAGAAGUCCCCGAGGACCUGCAGCAGAACUUCUGCUUCUACGGUUUCGCCACAGUGCAGUGGCUGGGGGUGUUUGGCAACCAACACUUCGCCAACGUGCCGGGCAUGGCAGAAUGGGCGAACAACGCCUGGGGCUUUUUGAAUGAUGCAUCAAAGUUCAACGCCAUGCACUUUCUUGAAAGCUCUGGGUGGCAUGUGAAAAUGGUGGAAAUGGCCAAAGCUCUCAGCACGAAGUUUGUUGGGAGCAGCGGGUACAGGGUUUCCCGCGACGCAGCGCUGCCUUCAGCGCUGCGGAUACCCCAGUUGGUGGUUCGCAGGAGCCCGGUUCACACGAGGUUCCCAGAUGUUCGCCGGCUGAAGGCAGUGGCCAUCUCGUACCACACGGCGCUGCUGCGGGAGCCGCUCUCGUUCUGGCAACACAUGUUGAGUCACCUCUUCGAAGUGGAGGCUAUCUUGCACAUUUUGGAUGCAACGGCGAAAACUCCGGAGGAUGUGGCUCGCUUGCACAACCAUUGCCGCUUCAUAGGCGGAGCGUGGUGCGGCUCGGAUGAGCGCCUCCUUCAACUAAAUGAACUCUUUGAGGAAGUUGUUUUGGACUGCCACACGGGCGACCACAAGGCACGACAUCAUUUCCUCAGAUCCGCGCAAGAGUAUCAUGACCGGUUUGUGCGGCUCAUGGGCAACGAUCCCGAGCUGCGGUCUGCUGAUUUCUUUAUGUGUGGGGAGCCUGUCCUUUUCUGCCGGCUGUUGGCGCACUUCGGCCGGCCUGUGAUUGGUUACAUUUCCACCCCCAUCUCCGUGUACGUUCGGGCCGAAGACCGGUCUGAGUGGUACCAACAGUUUUACGAGAUGGCUCUAGAUGAACGGCACAUUUUUGCUGCCACCACGCCACUUUUUGCGGAAUGGGUCGCGUAUGGCACCGGCAUAUCAUUGCCGGUCAUCCGACCAAUGUGUACAUACACAGAGGCGACUUAUUGGCCAAAGCGGGCGCAGGAGGUGCUGCUUCUGCGAACCGUCAGCUUGUUCUGGGACACGGAGUGUGUCCUCAACUACUUUGCGCAAGUCUAUGCAGACUCUUCGGCAACUGCUGCGCUGAGAUUCCGAGAGUCCGCCAGUCUCUCUGAGAAAGACCGGAUGGGUUAUUCUACUUUCUCGGAGUUCUUGGCUGCCGUGAUCUAUCCGUACAGUCCAAGUCAGUUCUGGUUCUACGAGCUGUAUGCCAUGGGUGUGCCGAUCUACAUGCCCUCGCGAGACACGCUGCCCUUAUACGUGAGUCAGGACUACUCUGUCUGUCCAGACUUCGAGGGCAGCCGGCCUGGACAUGCGCCACAUCGUGUGCAUCCCCACUCGCCGUUCGACACCGACGACUGGGCCGCCAUGACGUACUGGGCAGCUUUCACCGACUACCUAACCUUGCCGCACAUCUCCCACUUCGACUCAGUGCCGAGCUUGCUCAAGCAGCUGGCUGCGGCGGAUCACCAGAAGAUCAGCCACUCCAUGCAGAGGGCACAUAUGGAGCACCUUGGGGUGGCAAUGAGUUUCUGGAGUCAGGCCUUGGAACUCAUCGCCUCCCUGCGAGGGGUGCCGCGCACUGUGAGCGGUACUGAACAGAUGGCUGGAGACCUUGAUGCCUCGGACGAGCACCGUGACCUCUCCACACGCCAGCCCAGCGGGGGUUCCCCUGCUCGUGCAGACGGUGCUCACCGGCUGGCCAACGACGGGGAGACACGGCAGGAUCAUCCUCACGAGUAUCACUUCGACUUGGAUGGUGCGAACAAGGCGUCUCAUCAGGGCAAAUACGUUGGCGGUUCUCACUGGUGGGUGAAGCUGCGGCGGACAGCUUCCGACCCGGAGGUCAAGGUUUGGUCUAGAGACUGCUGCACGGAGACCUACGGCCAUGUGCUUUUCUUCCUGCUGGGCAACAGCACCGAGAUAGACAGAGCUGCUGAAUGUGCCUCCCUGAAGGUGCCAAGCAACGUGCAGGUUUCGACAAUCUGCCCGGGCAGAGGAGACUACCUUUUCGUUGAGGCGCGUCCCUAUGUGGGCUUCGACUACACUGACAGCUCUGUCGCCGUGUUGAUGUUGCCUGAGGUGCGCGUGCUGAGCCGUGACUGA